CCCUAACUUCCGCCAUGCCACUGAUACGUAAGGUGGGCAAAGACACCAUUAUCUUUGCAUCUAAGGAGGACCACGCAGUGCCCAGUAAGAUCAGUUUACCCGAACCGGAGCCCAGUCCCGGACUGUUGUUGCCUAACGGCGAGAUCAAUUGGAACUGCCCGUGUCUGGGCGGCAUGGCGACCGGGCCGUGCGGCGUUGAGUUCCGCGAGGCCUUCUCUUGCUUCCACUACUCGACCGCGGAUCCGAAGGGCUCGGAUUGUCGCACGGCGUUCGAGACAAUGCAGAGUUGCAUGUCGCAGUACCCGGCGUUGUACGAGAACAAGGGCAUAUCCGCGGAUGACCUGGAGGACGAUGAGAUCGGGGAAGACGAGGAGGAGGAGAAGAAGCAGCAGCCGCCGACCGGCAGCGAGGGCAAUAGCAAGGCGAUGGUUGUUAGUCAGAGUGCGACAGAUUAAGGGUAGUCACCUUUCUCUUGUGUCUCUCUAUCUUAAUUAAUUUAAGUAAGUUAACUUUACCUGUUGCACUGUGUAUAGUUGAAAAUAAAUUUUUAGAAAGAAUAAUCUCCGAUUCAAGUCAAACUAAUAAAAUUGCGGGUGUAAAUGAUCUAUCGUGCGACAAAAAAGAAACUGCAGUACUAUA